AUGGCGCUGGCUUUGUGCACGGCUGAUUUGCAUACACUGCACAUGCCGGUGGCCAAUGUAUAUGUGAUGUGCGCCCGCUCGUGGACACCGGAUCUGCAAUCCGGAACCUGGGCCACAAUCAAACGCUGCGGUAGUGACAUCGACCGCGUGCUGAUCGCGCGAGUGGAAUGCGGAACCGUGCUGAUGCUCUGGGCUUUUCGCGUGGCUGUGAAAGCGGAUUGGUUGAUGGAACCCUUCGCGCACUUACAGGGCAUUUCAGUCGAAGCCUGGCCUUGUGAUGUGGAGAGCUGUGCCAAAUGGCUGCGGGAGGAG